UUGCCUGGGGCUGCACAUAAAAGGAAAGAGCUAGCUCAGAUCCUAGGAGGCUAGCAGAAGUGAUCCUAAAGCCCCAACUCAGCCCUGCCCACACUCCUUCUGCCUGCCCAGCGUCAUGAAGGCCCUCACGGUUGCCCUUGUGGUCUUCCUCUGCACAAUGAUGCUCUGCUCUUCUGAAAAAGUUAAGAUUCAGAACCUGCCUGCCUGCUGCAUCUCCUUCACCUCCCGUCCGAUCCCCCGAAAACUUGUGGUAGCCUAUUUUAGGACCAGCAGCAUGUGCUCUACAGAUGGUGUCAUCUUCCUCAUCAAAAAAGGCACAUCUAUAUGUGCCAAUCCCCGAGACUCCUGGGUCCAGGACUACAUCAGGGACCUGGAGGCGAGUUCUUUGAAUGGUCCAGCAGGAACCCGUGAGACAUUCUGGAAGAUGGACGGCCAAGAGGAUGUAACUGCAGCCCCAUAGGCUGUCUCUCCCAUUGGUCCCUCCCCCUCCGUCAACCACACUCUGAAGCCUUUCUUAAUUUAAUUAAGCAAUUAAAAUUUUACAUCAUGUUAUUUAACCUCCUGAUGUUUCCUCUGAGAGGCGAAAGGACAUCCUCUUAUUCCUGGUUCCCUUCCCAGUCAUGCAUACAGUGAGCAAUGAUAGUUAUGCUGAAAGACUGGGGUCCUCAAUCCAGGAUACAACCAAAUCCAUCAGCAGAUGCUCACUGAGUUUUUAGGGACCUUUUACUGUAUUCA